AUGGACCAAAUGUUAGAACGGCUAGCUGGGAAGGCCUACUAUUGCUUUUUAGAUGGUUACUCCGGGUACAAUCAGAUUGUUGUGGACCCGGCGGAUCAACAGAAGACAGCUUUUACAUGCCCAUUUGGGGUAUUUGCUUACCGAAGGAUACCUUUUGGGUUAUGCAAUGCACCGGCUACUUUCCAGCGGU